CACCAAUCUGACCGUUGCGCUUGCGGCCUCCACCCCCGUUCCCUCCACUUUCCUAUUGGGAACACUUCCCUCCCCUUCCUCGGAGAAAUCUUCCCCUCCCCGCCGCCGCCGCAAGAACCCGCGCCGACCGCGUCUCCGGCCAUGGCCACCACCGCGGACCCGUCGCCGGCGCCGGCACCGGCACCGGCUCGGCGAGGCCAGCCGCCGAAGGUUCCCCCCGCCGCCGCGGCGGAGGCGCCGGGGAGCCCGGUGUCCCCACUGGACGCGGCGGGAGGGGACUACGAGCGGGAGAGGGCGGCCCGGAUCCGGGAGAACAUGGAGCGGAUGCAGAAGCUCGGCAUCCUCGACCUCGCGCAGACGCUCACCCAAUCCGCCGCCGCCGGAGGCUCGGGCGGGGGUGGUGCUACCGGCAGAGGGCGCCCGCGGCGGAAGCCUGUGGAGCCGGGGUCCGCGCUGAGGGUGAAGCUGACGCCGCCGCCGCCGGCGCGGAGGUCGCUCAGGUUGAAGAGCGUGGAACCAGUCAGCUACUGUGAAAUUCAGCCGAAGAAGGAGAAAGGUGCUGAAGGUGGAAGAACUGAGUUAUUACUAGAGGUUGGAGCCAAGGAAGAAAUUUACACAGAAGAGCAUGAGAAGCUUCUGGGUACAUGUAACACUCCUUGGACUCUCUUUGUGGAUGGUUAUGGCAAGGAUGGUAAGCGCAUCUAUGACCAAGUGAGAGGCCAAACCUGUCAUCAGUGCAGACAGAAAACUCUUGGUCAUCACACAAGCUGCUGUAAAUGCCAAAUUGUCCAAGGGCAGUUCUGUGGAGAUUGUUUGUACAUGAGGUAUGGUGAGAAUGUGCUGGAAGCUAAGAAGAAUCCCAACUGGAUGUGUCCAGUUUGCCGUGGCAUUUGUAAUUGCAGUAUAUGUAGAACUAAGAAAGGAUGGUUCCCUACUGGCUGUGCAUAUAAGAAGGCUGUCAGACUUGGGUACAAAUCUGUGGCGCACUAUCUGAUCGCAACUCAGCGAGCAUCAGCUAACUCAGAGGAUUCAAGCGCAGCUGACUCCUCGAACAAGCUGCUCUCUGACAAAUCAGAAACCUCGUGCAUUUCUGAUCAGGAUGCUACAGCUGCCAAGGAGGGCCUGGAGGAUGGAGAAACAAGCAGCAAAGCUAAGCAGAGCAAAACGGCCUGCCGCCAAGUUAAGAGGAACUCUGAUGAUUACAAGGAUGAUAGAAAGAGCGAGUCUGUGGUGACAUCUGAUUCUCAGGACGUUCAGGUCAAUAAGGAUGCUGGGUGUGUCACUCCAUCGUCUAAGCCCGCAAGGAAGAGGAAGUAUGAACAAAGCCCUGACUGUGUUGCAAGCAGGCUGCGAUCCCGAUCCAACAAGACAUGAACAGCCCUGACUGUGUUGCAAGCAGGCUGCGAUCCCGAUCCAACAAGACAUGAACACUGGAUCCCCUAUGACAAUCAACUUCUGUUUGCUUUUGUGAUCCUGGUCCAAGCGGCUGUCUUUUGUGAAGAACAGUGGGUUAAUGGUGUUGUAAGUUAACUUACAAGACUGCAUUUUGUGGCCGGCCCUUGUUCAGUAGAUGUAGGGAAUCAGUAAAUGUAGAGUAUCAGUAGAUGCAGGUGAUUGUGGUGAUGGUCUUUUGUGAAGCUGUGUUACAGCUUUAAACUAUGUUUACUGCCAAAUGUGAUGGAGGUGAUUGUGGUGAUGGUCUUUUGUGAAGCUGUGUUACAGCUUUAAACUAUGUUUACUGCCAAAUGUGAUGGAGAUGGGCUGUGUUUCUGGCA